AUGGCCGAGUCCCGAGGAGUGCCCCUGAAGCAGGUAUCCAGGCAUGCUGUGGUAUUCACGGAUGCCUCAGCCACCGACUGGGGGCCACGUACAAUGGGCAUGCAGUCUCAGGGGUUUGGACAGGUCCCCAACUGCAUUGGCAAAAACCAGACCCAUACUACAGAAGGACUUAACAGCACUGCCAGUACAAACAAUCACAGUGUCUCCAAGCCCAAGGACUGGAGCAUUGCCAGUGCAAAUGGUCACAAUGCUUCUGGGUGGGUGUCUGACGCUAAAAACUGCAAUAAUACAGAAAAUGCUGCAGCUUAUGAUGCACUUUUUGAACAUCUUGGCUUGGACAAGAAUGACAAUCAAAAGCGUCCCUUGUAUUAUGGGGAUGCUACCCAUGUUUUUGUGGAACUAUAUGUGACCUCCAUCAUAGAUGUGGAUGAAAAAGCCCAAAGCCUCACGAUACAGGUCAAAAUGAUAACUGCUUGGAUAAAUAUAAAUAUGGAUUGGAACAGCCAUGAAUUUUGUGGAAUGAAUACAUUUUCAGCCCGGAAAGACAUGGUUUGGACUCCAGACAUUGUUAUAGCAGAAAGCAUCAAGACAGAUUUUGGAACAAAGGAGUCUCCAUAUGUGCAGUUCUACUGUUAUGCCUUUACAGUCUUGUCGGACAUUUUAGUUCUGACUACAGCCUGUAAGAUGGACCUGCACAAGUUUCCAUUCGACAUCCACAGCUGCAAUCUGACACUUCAAUCUUCAGCAUAUUCAAUUGAGGAGCUUAAAGUUCUAACAUUCGCAGAUUCAGAGUGGGUAACACACGAGUCGAAGCAGACCUUUCAGGCCCAGGGAGAGUGGGAGCUCCUCAGUAUAAAUAUGGUUAAGUCUAAUAUUUCUGUGGGAUAUGAAUGGGAUAUGAAGGAUCAGCUGAUAUAUCAGAUCACCAUAAAGAGGAGACCUCUGCUGUAUGUCAUCAACAUCAUACUUCCAGUAUUUUUCUUUCUUGUGUUGGAUGUGAUGUCCUUCUUCAUAGAUGGACGUGGAACAGACAAGUUGAGCUUUAAAGUGACUUUACUGCUGUCUUUUUCUGUGUUGCUGCUGAUUCUAAAUGACACGCUGCCCUCUACAGCUGAUAAAAUCCCACUGAUUGGGAUUUACUGCAGUGUGAUUUUCAGUCUAAUUGGCUUCAGCAUUCUGGAGACCAUCCUUGUGAAUUUUCUGAUGGCCAGAGGAGCAGAGAAUAGACCAGCAGCAUCAAUAGAAACCACAACUGCUGGUAUACUGGUUAUUGGGGGUGUGUCUUCCCACCUGAGGCUCAUUAUGCGGAGCUAUAUAAACUGCAGUGCUGAUGAGGACAGGGGCACGAUGUGA